CUGCGCAGAGGCACCCAUUCAAUCCUCAUAACUACUUCUUCCUCCAUAAAUCUUCUUCCCAUUUUUUUGGCUUCAAAUAUCCUUAUUGAGUUCUAAAGGAUAUCAAUAAUGGCUGGCCAGCAAUUGAAACCAGUAGCAACUGGACUCUUGUUCCUUAACUUCUGCAUGUAUGCUAUAGUAGCAGCCAUUGGAGGGUGGGCUCUAAACUAUGCAAUAAAUUAUGGAUUCAUUAUUGAUUCAAAUUUACAACUACCAGCAAAUUUUUCACCCAUAGCCUUCCCAAUUGGAAAUGCUGCUACCGGAUUCUUUGUUACAUUCGCAUUGAUUGCAUCAGUGGUCGGUGCUGGGUCGGCUCUUGCUGGGAUUAGCCACAUUCGGUCAUGGAGUUCUGAAAGCCUGCCAUCUGCGGCAUCAGUUGCAAUUAUCGCUUGGACUCUUACUGUCCUUGCCAUGGGUUUGGCCUGGAAAGAGAUCGACAUUGGAAUGAGAAAUUCUCGUCUGAAAACAAUGGAGGCCUUCUUAAUUAUCCUUUCAGUUACCCAAUUAAUCUACAUUCUUGCCAUUCACGGAGGCUCAGCAAGGAGAUGAUCAAAGCAAACUUGAGUCGAAUCUCCGGUACCGUCAUUUGUGUGUAUUUUAUAUUAUAUUUGCCAACAGUUUUUCUGGAGUGGAAUUUUUUUUAUUGAAAGUGAUUGGAUUGUGCGGAUUGUUUAUGGGAAUGUUAUGGAUGGGAAUGGGAUUGGAUUUGUUUGUACUAAGAUUAUUUGUCUGUGGGAGUGUUGUAAAAAACAGUAAAUCUAUGGUUUGUAUAAAUUAUUGAACAAUUGUUUGUACUUAUCCUGAUAAGUUGUUCUGGCCAAGCUACUCUGAUGUGGGCACUGUAAAACAAUGUUAUUUGAGACUAGAUAAUUUGUGAUGAU